AUGACGGACGUUCUCGGGUACGUUAACGACGUCCUUCAAAACAUUAAUGAUGGCAAUGUAGAGUAUUGCAAGACUUUAUGUUAUAAAGGACCACAUAAUGAGCAAAUUGAAAAGUUUGAUACUAUCUUGAGAAAACUUCUAGAACGACAAGUUCAUUUAGAAAAAGAGGUCGCCCAUUAUCAGUCAUUAUUAAGUGAAAAUGAUUCCGUAAUCAUUAUUAACGAUAAUAAUUCCUUACCUAUUACACCUAAUGAAGAUUUCGUAAAACAAUCCGUUCUUGAGAAUGAUUAUCCCGCUGAAGCAACAAAUUAUCAACCCGUUAUAAAUAAUCAAAAAAGUGAUGACGAUUUUGAUUCGGUUAGUCCCCCUAGUACCCCUCCUACUUUGGAAGAUGAUCAAGUUUGUCUAGAAUGCAUUAAUCAAUGUACAAGCGUCGCAAUCGCCAUUACUAAUGGUGAUUUUAAAAAAAGAGUUACUUGUCAAACCGCAUCCGGCCCAAUGCUAACGCUAAGAAAUGCGAUUAAUAGCAUGGUUGAUAAAGUCGAUCGUGUAUCUGUCGAGUUAAUCCAUGUUACUCGUGAGGUCGUUGAGGAAGGCAAAUUAGGAGUGCAAUCUAAAAGUGAAAAUUUGGAAGGCGACUGGCGAGACAUGAUGAUUCAUUUGAAUAUGAUGGCCAGUAACCAUUCUAAACAAGUGCGAGAUAUUGCUGAGGUAUGUACCGCCGUCGCUCACGGUGAUCUUAGUAAAAAGAUUACCAUUGAGGUAAAAGGAGAGACCCUUGUCCUGAAAAACACAAUUAAUACCAUGGUUGAUCAAUUGAAUUCAUUUGCUUCUGAAGUCACUCGCGUUGCUCAUGAGGUCGGCACUGAAGGUAAAUUGGGUGUACAAGCCCAAGUUCGAGAUAUUGAUGGAACAUGGAAACUUCUAACCGAUAACGUCAAUACAAUGGCCGAAAACCUUACUGCUCAGGUCCGUGAUAUUGCUGAUGUGUCUAAAGCUGUCGCUAGAGGUGAUCUUAGCAAAAAGAUUACUGUUAAUGUCAAGGGAGAAAUCUUGGACCUUAAAAAUACAAUAAAUACUAUGGUUGAUCAGCUGCAAACCUUUGCCACUGAAGUCACUCGAGUAUCCCUUGAAGUAGGCACAGAAGGAAAACUGGGUGGUCAAGCGAAUAUUAAAGAUGUUGGUGGUAUUUGGAAAGAUUUGACCGACAAUGUAAAUCUUAUGGCAUCUAAUCUGACUAAUCAAGUGCGUGAUAUCGCCACGGUUUGUAAAGCUGUCGCGUGUGGUGAUCUAUCAAGAAAAGUUACUGUGCCUGUACAAGGCGAAAUUUUGGAAUUGAAAGUCACAAUCAAUACUAUGGUUGAGCAAUUACGAAUGUUCGCGGCGGAGGUAACGCGUGUCGCUCGUGAAGUUGGCACAGAGGGGAUGCUGGGUGGUCAGGCUGAAGUCCAGGGAGUGGACGGAACAUGGAAGAUUCUUACGGACAAUGUAAAUACUAUGGCAGCAAAUCUAACAGCUCAAGUCCGUGAUAUAGCAAAUGUAUCCAAAGCCGUAGCUCGUGGCGAUUUAAGUAAAAAAAUUACUGUUGAUGUAAAAGGAGAAAUCUUGGAUCUAAAAAAUACCAUUAACACCAUGGUUGAUCAGUUGCAAACAUUUGCCAUUGAAGUUACACGCGUUUCAUUGGAAGUUGGAACGGAAGGUAAAUUAGGCGGUCAAGCUGUGGUUAAAGAUGUUGGUGGAACAUGGAAGGAGCUUACAGACAACGUUAAUAUCAUGGCCGCAAAUCUUACAACACAAGUAAGAUCGAUUGCUGAAGUCACAACAGCUGUAGCUAAAGGCGAUUUAAGUAAAAAGAUUAUCGUAGAUGUUAAGGGUGAAAUUUUAGAUCUGAAGAAUACAGUCAAUUCUAUGGUAGAUCAGUUAAGAACAUUUGCAGCAGAAGUGACGAGAGUGGCGAGAGAAGUCGGUACAGAAGGUAAACUUGGAGGACAAGCCGUAGUAAAAGAUGUCGGCGGAACUUGGAAAGAACUGACGGACAAUGUUAAUACCAUGGCCGCUAAUUUAACCGCACAAGUGCGGGACAUUGCUAAUGUGUCAAAAGCAGUGGCUCGCGGUGAUCUAAGUAAAAAAAUUACAGUUGACGUAAAAGGAGAGAUUUGGGAUCUUAAGAAUACAAUAAAUACUAUGGUUGAUCAAUUACAAACUUUUGCUACUGAAGUAACACGAGUAUCCUUAGAGGUUGGUACCGAAGGAAAACUUGGUGGGCAAGCUGUAGUUAAAGAUGUACAGGGCACAUGGAAAGUUCUAACAGAUAACGUAAAUAUUAUGGCUGCUAAUUUAACCACACAAGUUCGAUCCAUAGCGGAAGUCACGACGGCCGUGGCUUGUGGUGACUUAAGUAAAAAGAUUAGCGUAGACGUGAAAGGCGAAAUACUUGAAUUAAAAAAUACGGUUAAUUCCAUGGUAGACCAACUUCGUAUGUUUGCUGCAGAAGUAACGCGUGUGGCACGUGAAGUAGGUACUGAAGGUAUUCUUGGUGUCCAAGCACACGUCAAGGAUGUUGGGGGGACAUGGAAAGAACUAACAGACAACGUUAAUACUAUGGCUUCUAAUUUAACGGCGCAA